AAAGGACAAACAACAAUGUGGAAAGCCAAGACUGUAGGAAUGAGGAGGAGUAAGAUGUUUAUGUUGGCUCUGCUUCCAGUUGCCCUGGGACAGAAGGUUUCUGAAAUCCCAGAUGGUCCCAGGGGUGGAGGAGCAGUGUUCUCCUCAUGUGGAGGAAUCUUCAGCAGUUCCGACGAUCUAUGUUAUGAAGUUGUAGUUAGUAAACUGACUGUACAGAUGGGUCCUGACGGUACUAAUGAAGAUGUUAUGGCAAAGAUCUGUGCGGAUGAUAAGAAAACCUGUUGUGAAACUCCGGUUCUCAGCUCGGCUUUGUCCGACGACUGGAGUUCAAAUGAUCUUGAAACAUGGACAAAGAAAUAUUUUGGAAACUGCAUUGACAAAAAGUUCAAGAUCAAAAAUGGAUUAGAACUUACUCUGUCAAAGAAGGGUGUGGAUACUCUAGGAGUGACCUCUCUGUUUAUUGAUGCUACAACUAUAGGAGAGGGGAAGACUAAACCUAUUGAAAUUGAAAGAUUUGAUUGUGGUAAGUAUAAUAUUGGAGGGAAAGCUGACGCUGCAAACUCUACUUCUUCACAAUCUCAGUUUUGCCGAACCUCUCCGUAUGAAUAUGAAAGAGUCCAGGUUGUUAAUGUAACCGUUGGACCUGAUGGUACAGAUGACAAUGUCAAGAUUGAAAUUUGCUCCGACGUGAACACUGUAUGCUGCAAGGCCAAGAUCAGUUCUCUUCUGUCCGACGACUGGAAGAAAAACAAUAUUGAGGUUUGGAAAGAAUCUAAUCUAGGAGAUUGUAAGAACAUGCAGUACAAAGUAAACAAGGCUGUGGACGGUGGUCUUAGAUUUACUCUGAGUAAGGAUGGAAAAGACGACCUCUCUGUAAACAAUAUAAUCAUUAACACUGUUGGAGCGUACGGUGAUCAAUAUAAAUACGAGUGCGGAGAAUUCAAGCUUGAAAGUCAGGGUCAGCCCUGUGUACCUGGAGUAAACUGCAGUCAAUCAAAGGUCAGUUUGAUUCCAUUCUUUCCGAAAUAG